AACAGGACACUAUGUCGACGUGGAAGAAAUGGUCUCUCAUGGAUGCCGGACCUGGAGGACGAGUUUCUGGCUCUGUUUGCGGACAGGAUCCGAACUUCUGUCGAGAGCCGGCAUCCGUGGCGCCGUACGAGUGGCCGGACGACAUCACCAAGUGGCCGAUUUGCCGGAAGCGGAUCGGGAUCGUGGACAGGCCCGGACACGCCAUGGGCGGCACAGUGGACAUCAAACCGGACAUGCUGUACUCGGAAACGCUGGCAGUGAUUGCGCGAGAAUUGCAGGCUUCCGAGCACAUGGUGUGCGAAGUUAUUGGCAAGCCGUGCUGCAUCGGGAUCCACGGCGACUGUCGCAUCACGACCCGCGAGUACUGCGCCUUUGUCAACGGAUACUUCCAUGAAGAAGCUGCUCUUUGCUCUCAGGUGUCCUGCUUGGACGACGUCUGUGGAAUGGUGCCGUUCUACGACCGCGAGACGCCGGACCAAUUCUAUCGGCUGUGGACUUCCCUGUUCCUGCACGCCGGGCUAAUGCACCUUGGCAUCACCGUCGUGAUCCAGUGGUACGUCAUGCGCGACCUGGAGAAAAUGGCCGGCCCCUUGCGCAUCGGCACCAUCUACGUCAUGUCCGGCGUGGCGGGGAACCUGGCUUCCGCUAUUUUCGUUCCAUACCGGGCCGAGGUUGGGCCGGCCGGAUCUCAGUUUGGGCUGUUGGCGUGCUUGUUCGUCGAAGUGAUAAACGUGUGGCCGAUGCUGCGACACCCGCAGACGGCGCUGUACAAGCUCUGCGCCGUGACCAUAGGGAUGUUCCUGCUCGGGCUCCUGCCCUGGGUCGACAACUACGCCCACGUGUUCGGGUUCGUUUUCGGGUUCCUCUUAUCCUAUGCCCUGUUGCCGUUCGUGUCCUUUGGGCCGUACGACCAGCGCCGAAAGAUCCUGCUCGUCUGGGUGUUCCUCGUUGCCGUCUGUCUCCUUUUCGCCAUCCUCAUCAUCCUCUUCUACAUCACGCCGUUCUACGAAUGCGAAAUCUGCAAAUAUCUCACGUGCAUUCCCCUCGUCGACGACUUCUGCGCCGACCAGAACAUCAACUUUGACAAGAAGCCGUUUUGGUCCAUAUAA